CAAGUUUGUCCAUCGUCAUGGUAUGUAAGACAGUUUAACGCCGGCCUAUUUGGUCUUCAAGGUCAUGUUCGAUCCUGGAUCUUACCGUCCUAACCAUGACCCACCAGCCGGGAUGGAGCCAUAUGAUCUUCCUAGAGAAAAAGAUUUAGGAGCCCUCAGUAAUGCUCAACAGGGAGAAACAAAUAAGCUCAAAGCCCAAACUCGGUUAAAUAAUGAGCUUUAUUUACGAAAACAUCCAGAAAUAAAAUACAUGAUAACUGCAUUUCUGAGAGAUAUUUUAACAAAACAGCCCGAAGACGCUAGAGAACAUUUUGUUGAUUUUUUUACUGGUCCAAAUCUUGAGUCGAAUAUAGACAAUAUCAAAAAAGAAUUUACAGAUCAGUAUCAUGACGACCAAGUUAUACGCUCUUUGGCCCAAGAAGAACCGCAACCAGAAAUCUAAGUUAUGUUUUAUUUAACGUUGGGGAAAAAACUGGGUGCAUGUAGUUUGUAAAUUGUUGAACACAUUGAUAAGUUUUGCUUCAUUUACCUCUGCACUUCUAUUUUUUGUUCAUAAACAUUUAUCUAUCCUUUCAGUCGUUUGUAAAGAUAAUUUGGAUCAUUCGAUCCUUAUUUCUUGUACAUUUUAUUUGGUAACAGUAGUGGCACUUUCAAGCUUAUGGCGUUAUUUGAAAGUAAUAAAGGACACGUAAGUUUUCGGGUGGUUGGUCAUCGUUGCGUAUUAAAUGUUAUUGAACUACAAUAAAACGGUCAGAUUAUGUUAAGGUUUGACUUGACUUUUAGUUUAAACAAGCC